AUGACAUUCCCCGAGGAGGUUAUGGCAGAUAUGAUGAUUAUGAUGACUUUGUACCGCCCACUAAGAUAUGUUGAGCUUUUCGGUGCAAAUGACAUGCCAACGACCAUGAGGCGACUAACUUGGCGCGUAAUCGGAGGUCAGCCCGCUCCCAGACCCCUUCCUUUAGUAUCUAGGAGCGCCUAUGAUUCACCAUAUGUCGGAGGUGGGUAUGGUGGAUAUGGUGGUGGAGGUUAUGCAAGAGAACGCCUAUACGAACCUCCUGCUCCCGGACCAUUCCGCGGGUAUGGCGGUGGCGGUAUCAUGGGAGGCGGUGGCGGCGGCAUGGGCAGACCAAUGCGUGGUGGUCCAAGACGCAGUGGUGGUUGGUAG